UUUUGAACGCACCCUUACGAGACGUAAGCUGAUUAAAGUGUGGCACUUGAUUUUUUAGGAAAUUACAUUCAUGAUUCUGAUUUAAUUGCAUGUGAUUAAAAAUCGUGUAACGAUAUGUCAAUUAAAGAAAGUGUACAGCGAUUAUAUUAUUUUCGAAGACCAACUCGGUGGACUAAUGGAAUUGGUUCCCUGUUACCACUAGAAUAUAAAAAAUUUUGGAGAGAAUGGAAGAAACAGCCUGCUGCAGUUCAUUAUAUUAAAAAGAAAGGCACUUAUAUGAGAAAUAAGAAUGGAGAAGUACAACCAGUACAGAAUGUACCAUUACCUUUAAUGUAUCCGAAGGAAAUUAAUGAUGGUUUAUGGGGAGGAGAAGCCAUUGUACAAGGUUUUAAGAAGAAGGGUAAAUAUAAGAGAAGGGUCCCACAUUUUUGGAUACCUCAAUUGAAAAAAUCUGUUGUAUAUAGCGAAGUUCUUGACACAUAUAUGAGUGUUGCUGUUACUCAAAGAACAAUCAAAUUAAUUCACGAAAAUUAUGGAUUCGAUCAUUAUCUAUUAAAGACAAAAGCCUGCAAUUUGAAAUCUUUACUUGCUCUGAGAUUAAAACGUCAGAUACUUAUUGCAUUAGCAGAUAAGACUUUAUAUCCUGAUGAUCCAGAAAAGCGUGAAGAGAUUUAUGCCAAGUACAAGAAAUAUCUGUCAGCUUACACAAGAAAGCAAAUAGAAUGGUAUGGUUUGACAUAUCUGGAAGCUUUAAAAAAGUGGCAGAAAAUGAAUGAAACAACACCACAACCUUUGAAAAUUCAAUAUAGAUCAGAAUUAAUUGCCAAACUCAAGGAGAAUAAAAUUAAAGAAGCUGAAAACGUAGAUGUUGUACUACCAGAAAAAACAAGUUCCUCUUGGUUAAAUAAACUAAAUCCUUUCUCCAAAAGUUCGAAGACCAAAUAGGUAAAAAAGUUGUGUUAGAUAAUGCAAAGAAAGUUUCAACUUAAUUUCUUGAAUGAUAUAAACUUUCUUUGAGAUGCAUGUUUUUUGACAAAUAUAUUAAUGCAAUAAACGGAAUAAAGUAGAUUUAUUGGAGCAAACAAAA